AUUCCUUCACUCACCAAAUUACCUGACAACAAUGAGCGCAUUUCAGCAUUGUUGAGCAGGGAUGCGGAUGAUUUUUAUACACAGAAGCUGAAAGAUCUUCAGGACCGGGUUAGUAUUUUCUUUUUUUUUUUUAUUAUUGUUGUUGCACUUUAAAGGAGAAAAACCUUAAAUACAUUUACAUAGUUUAAAAUGUUUUAAUUCUUAAAUCCAACUUAGCUCACUAAUAUUGAACUUUGGGGGGGGGGGGGGUAGGGUAAUGUUAAUGUGCAUGAAAAUCUCUCAUCUGUUUUUGAUUCUUUUGGAAUCUUUCACAAAAUUAAAAGGAUAUAAACUAUGUCAGUUUUAUUUAUGUUAAUGACAAAAAAAAUUAUUUUAAGAAUGUUGGAUCUCUCACCAAAUGUAAAGGAAAACUCCUCAAUAUUUUAAAGCUUCUUAAAAUAUUGUUUAUUAUUUGGCUUAAAACAUCUCUAAGAUAUUUCAAUGUGAGAUUUAGGGUGUUUUAGUGAGCUCAUAAGUUAUAGACAGUUCAAAACUAACUAUAUUUUCUUACACUAUUUUCAGAACGCAGCCCUACAAAAGCAAACAAACGAAGAGUUUGCUAAGGCAGUUAAAGAAGUUGAGGCCAAGUUUUUGUAAGUAUAUCACUGCGAUUGCUUAUCUGUAAUUUAAAAUAUAACCUUGGUUUAGAGAGUUAAGUCAAUGUCCCGAAUGAUUUAUUACUUAAAUUAUUUAUGAAGUAUAAUAAGGCUGGUUAAACUUAUAAUAAGCCUGCACUGGUUGUCAGUGGUUUAAGAUAGAAAUACAAAUGUUGGAUGAAUCUUAUCAGAAUUAUGGCAAAACCAAAAGAUUUCUUAUUUAAAUCUAAACAUUGAAUGGAUAUCUUAGUCCAAUUUAACAGCUGGAUAUAAACAUAGCUUUUAAGCAAAUCAAGGGUUAGUUGCAUAUGCACAUCACUUUAAAGAAAAUCAAGGGUUUGUUGCAUAUGCACAUCACUUUAAAGAAAAUCAAAGGUUUGUUGCAUGUAUGCAUCACUUUAAAGAAAAUCAAAGGUUUUUUGUAUAUACUAUAUGCAUGACUUUUAAAAGCAUCCAAGGUUAGUUCUAAAUAAAUAAAUUGCGUUUAAAUAAAAGCAAUAUUUGUAUUUCCCCCCUACAGGAAGGACUCCACUUGCGCAGUGUGCCAAGAUCUUCAGCUGAAAGUACUUGAGUGUUAUCAGACCAACCCAAAUGAAAUUCUAAACUGUUCUGGAAUUGUUGAUGCAUUCACCACAUGUGUUGAGCGGGCAAGAAUGGUAUGUAUAGGCUUAUUACUUUUGUGA